AAUUUAUUUACGGUAAAGAAUAAUGCCCAAAGACUUUUCAGAAUAUUUGAAAGGAAUGAACAAAGAGGAAACAACUAGCAAUAUUGAUUUACAAGAAUUAGAAAAUGUGUUUGAUCAGAAGAAAUAUGAAGUGAAAUGGUGGUAGAUUGUAAUUGGAAAUUCAUUCACUACAACUGCUUUAGGGUAACAGAUUAUAAUUUAAUAAGAUAAGAAUAUUGACAUAGCCAUUGCAAGUUAUACAUACUACAUUUUAAUUGUCAAUAAAAAAGAUGGAUUUUUAAGUGAACAAUCUAAAGGAUAUUAUGGAAUCAAAAAUCACUUUAGGAGAAUAAAAGAAAUUAGAAUAGAUAUUAAAAAACAAGAUUAUAAAUUACUAAGGUGCUUCCUAUUAAAACUAUAAUGCAGUUUUCAAAGGAUUAGGAGAAUAAGGAAUUUUAGGAUUUUUUAAAGGUUUAGGAACUGGAAUAGUCUAUUAGAUAACAAAUUCUUAGUUAAGAUACUUUUUAAUUUAGAAAUACUUUAACGAAAAGAAGUUAAUUCAAAAUUUGUAUGCUUCAUUAGUUGGAAUGGUUGUUGAUGUAAUCACUAAUCCAUUAAUGCUUAUAUAAUCAAAAAUGAUAUAUCAAAACAGAUUACCAAAUUUUAGAACUUAUAGGUCAGUUUUUGAUUUAUUAAAAAAGGAGAGGAAUCUUUAUAAAGGCUCUUUAGGACAUAUUUAUAAACAUAUUUUUAUUUCUUUAUCUUAAAUACCUUCCAUAUAUAUAAAUGAUACAAGAUUUUGUUUAGGAUAUUUAUUGAUGAUUCAAUAAGUAGUAUCAUAUCCAUUUUUAACUGUGAUUAGAAGAUUGCAUUGUUAAGGUAUUAAACCAUUCAUGUUAAAUACAAAUUACUCAGGUUUUUGGGAUGGAGCAAAGUAAAUAUAUGCACAAGAAGGGGUUUUAUCAUUUUACAGAGGGUUUGCUGCUUUUGGAAUUGCAAAUUCAUUUAUGGCUUUUGUAUUAUAUUCAACGCAACUUUUGGGAGAAUAAUAAGAAUGAAAGUAUCAUAAUUUGAAUUUUAG